CAGCGCCGCCCUGCUCUCCUCCCCCUGACCCCGACGCGCUCGCUCUCCUCGGGGGACGCCCCAGACGGAGCUGGCGGCGCGCCUUCCCCCCAGCGCAGCCCUUUCAUAACGGCGUCCGUCCCAGCCCUGGCGGCCACCAGGUUCCUUGAGCGAGGCGCGGCGGCUGCGAGGGGCCGCCUCCCCGCUUUCCUGCUCCUCGCGGAGGCGCUGAGCUCGACGAUGAAGCCAUAGCAGGAGCGCUCGCCGCCACCACCACACCCACCCAGUCAGCCAACCCGGCGAAAAUGGAGCUGGGGGCCGCGCUCGGGCAGCAGGCGCAGCAGCGCGCCCACCACCACCAGGCCCCGUCGGCGGCAGGAGGAGGCGGCGGCGGCGGCGGCGGUCCCUGCGCGGAGAUGUUGCAAGUGGCCGAGGAGGCUUUCCGAGGCGGGCAGUUCGCCCUGGCGGCGGAGAUCCUGAGCUCGCAGCUGGCCGAGCUGGCGCAGCCCGAGCGGGGCCUUUGCCUCCGCCAAGGGGACGCGCUGGCCCGCGCGGGGCGCAUGGCCGAGGCUCUGGAUGCUUACAGCGCCGCCGCCAGGCUGGCUCGCCUGAGGCCCGAGGAGCUGCGCGAACUGACCGAGAGCUUCGCGCUCAGCCUCCGCGACAAAGAGCUGCGCCUGCCGCCGUGGCGGGGGCCUGGCGGCGGCGGCGGCGCGGCAGCUCCAGAGGGAGACGACCCGCUGGCGGACCCGCCUUGCUGCCGACCCCCGGAGCCGCUGGGCUGCCCGGUGUGCCGCCGCCUGCUCUGCGAGCCGGUGACUCUGCACUGCGGGCACACCCACUGCAAGCGCUGCGCCCAGAGCGGCGGAGGCGAGUGCGCCCGCUGCGCCGCCCGGCGCCCAGCCUCUGCCUCUGCCCCGGCCGCGCAGCCCCCCGCCGGUCCCCGCGUCAACGUGGUCCUGGGCAGCCUGCUGGAGAAGUGGUUCCCGGUCGAGAGCAAAGCGCGCCGGCUGGGCGCCGAAGGGGACGCGCUGAAGGAGAGGCAGGAGCUGGCGCCCGCCCUGGAGAAGUACAACCAGGCCCUGGACCUCGCUUCCUGUAAAUGUUCGUUAAUAGCACAGCGGGCAGAACUUUGUACAGCUAUGAAGAAUUAUCAACAAGCUCUUUAUGAUGCAGAGGCACUCUGCCGAAAUAAACCCCAUUGGCCUAAGGGUCAUUAUGUGAAAGCACAAGCUCUUUCUGGAUUAGGAAGGAUUGAAGAAGCAUUGAAGGAAUUUCUUUAUUGUGUUGCCUUAAAUCCUGAAUGGAGCUCAAUGAAAAUGGAAGCUCAGAAGAUAAUGUGUGAGAUGUUUUUCCCAGCAUUUGAAAACGUGCACGAUAAUCUAACAACACCUUUUUGUAAUCGGACCUCGUAUACAAGGUUGAAACCUGUGUUUCUUAGUAGCAUAAACACACAGUCUUCUGGAGAAGAUGGGUCAACUGCAGAGACCUCAAAGGAGGCCAGCUUGAAGCUAACUAAAAACCUGUCCCAAGACACUGAUGCAUAUCGAAGUACAGAGUCUUCUGUUUCUCAUCAUAUACUGGACUUCUCUUUUGAAGACAACAAAAAAACUUUGGGAACGGUCCUCUCCAGUCUGCCGGGCGCAAGCUUAAAAAGAAAGUUUUCUAGUGAUGGGGAUUUACAGAGCUUAGGUGUCCCUAUCAAAAUUCCUCGAAAAGAUGGAGACGCUUCUUGCGAAAAUCCCAGCUCUCUUCCCUUAACAGCGAUACCCGCAAGCCUUGUGGAUGCAUCUGAUUUUGAGUGUUCCCUUUGCAUGAGGUUAUUCUACGAACCUGUUGCUACUCCCUGUGGACAUACCUUCUGCCUCAAAUGCCUUGAACGUUGCCUGGACCAUAAUCCAUACUGUCCGCUUUGUAAGGAAAAGCUGUCUGAAUUUUUGGCCGGCCGAACUUACAAGAAGACCAUCCUUACUGAAGAAUUAAUAGUUCGUUACUUGCCAGAAGAGUUGUCUGAAAGGAAGAAAGUUUACGAAGAAGAAAUGAAGGAAUUGUCAAACCUGAAUAAAGAUGUCCCCAUCUUCGUGUGCACCAUGGCAUUCCCUACCAUUCCUUGCCCUCUUCACAUCUUUGAACCCCGCUAUCGGUUAAUGAUAAGAAGAUGUAUGGAUACUGGCACCAAGCAGUUUGGCAUGUGCUUAGCUGAUGAACUGAAAGGGUUUGCUGAUUACGGCUGCAUGUUAGAGAUCAGGGAUGUGAAGUUUUUCCCUGACGGACGUUCAGUUGUUGACACAGUUGGUGUCCGGCGUUUCAGGGUCUUGAGCCAUGGUCAGAGAGACGGGUAUAAUACUGCAAACAUUGAAUACAUGGAAGAUAAAAAGGUUGAAGGGGCAGAGUAUGAAGAACUUGUCCGCCUUCAUGAUUCAGUCUAUGAUCAAGCUGUCGCCUGGUUUACUUCUCUUAAAGACAACAUGAAAGCGCAAAUUCUGAACCACUUUGGGUCCAUGCCAGGGAAGGAGCCUGAGCCACAGAGCAACCCAAGUGGUCCUGCUUGGUACUGGUGGCUGCUGGCAGUAUUGCCACUGGAGAACAGGGCCCAAUUGGCCAUUCUUGCCAUGACUUCACUUAAAGAUCGUCUUAUCGCCAUACGGCGCGUAUUAAUAUUUGUGACACGCAAAAGACCUAGAUGACACCACCUCAUUUGUGAGCAGACACUGAAAACAAAUGGUUGUGAAUACUCCUAAGUAUUCUCAAGAGACCGACGCAUUCUUCCCUUUCAAUGAAACUGAUUUGCUCAUCUAAGCACUCACAAUUUUUUAUUUUUUGCACACACUCUGCCCAGUAGUUAACCAAGCAUUCUGUGCCUCUUGUCCUGGAGAAAUCUGAGCCUCUUAGAAGUUGCGCCACAGUCGCAGCAUAGCCGAUCGCUGCAGGCAACAACUUGGAAUCGCUACUUGCAACCAACUGUCCAUUUUAUCACGGGGGGACAACUGAGUCACAAGCCCUGAGAUGCCCCUGAAGCCCCAAACAGCCAUUUUGAACUCUACACAGCAGAACUCAGAACAAACAGUGGAUUAGAAACUGAAAAGAAACUUUGAAAAAACAAUUCUUAGAGGUUGCCAGUUGAAGGGAAACCCCCCAAAAUAUCCUCCAGAGGAAGAAUGCACAAGACAAGUGUUAAAUGAACAGGGGGCAGUCUUUUCGUCUGUAGCAUAUUGACAAAAUGAUUGAUCUGUGAAGCAAAAUGUGUUUUCCUGGACGUUCGCCUUGCAAGACAGUGUUUGACCAAAAGAGUAGCUGGUGACAGCACUGCGGCUGAUCAACCCUCCCUGUCUUUGUAACUUGCAUGCUGUGUGUAAUGGGAAAUAGUGUUUCGAUGUAUGUAUAGGAUGGUCGGGUUCCCCUAAACAGCCCCCCCCCCACUUCCUACAAAUAGAAAAAAAGAAUAACCUCAGGUGACCCACGUUACAAUAUGGAAAAAACUUACUUAUGGAUAGCCUGUUGUCAGUGGUUGUGACUUAGAUAUCGGUACGCAUGAGGAUCCCGCAGCCUCCCGUGCCGGAUGGAAUUCCCUGUGUGCGCGGGAUGCUUUUUUUUGCUGCCAUUGGAGCCACUUGAGCAUGCUGAGAUUCAUUGCUGGAUCAUGGCCAGCAUUUCUAGCAUAUGUACAUAUAUACUUGGUUCAAGCAGUUCUGUGGUAAUCUCUCAAAAGGCCGCUGAGAUAUAGAAUUGCCAUUUCAAAUUACCCUUCCAUGCUCAUUCUGUAAUUAUAACUCAGAACAGGUAAGAUCCAGUUUCCAUUUAUAUUUUCAACAGCCAUGCCAGCCUAACCUGUUAUACUGGAACAAUGUUUGUUAGCACAUUUUUUUUUAAACCAAAACGUUAAUAUUAUUACUCGUUAUGUACCGACCACUGUCUGUGCUUGGAGUCUUGGUCCUCAGUGACAACUUUGAGAGGAGGCACAUACUGAAAUCUGUAAAGGCAAAUUUCAAUGCAAGCUUAAACCAGGUGUUAACCUUCAAUUAGUUGUUGGUUCUGUAAAUAUAGCUGUAUUUUGAUGUCUCAGUACGUAUUGUUAAUAAUGUUCUUUUUUAUUUUUAUUUUUAUUUUUUUAAAAAGAGGUCUGUCAGCCUAUUGGAAAGAAAUUUUAGCAGUGAACGUGAAGCUGCAAAAGCACUGUUGCAAACUGCUGAACUCUCCAAAUUGUAGAAAACACUUGUGUUAACAGCUUGGGAGAAAUAACACCGGUUCAAAUCUUGGAAUGCCGUGUGAAUUGAAGACACAGGUUCAUGUGCAAAUAAGACAGGAAGGUGAAAAUAGUGGCAAUACCAAAAUAUUUCAGAAGUGCCUCCUCCUUAAAUUACAAAGUGUGUUCUCUUUUGACGAAGGUGUGAACACUUGCAUGUGAAUUCAGGAAGCAAUAUCAUCUAAAAGGUGAUUGACUGCAUUAUCCGUACCGUAAUUGUAGUCCGAGUGGUGUUAGAUGAUUGGCAGAAGUAUCUAGUCAGAAGUUGCCAGUAGCAGUUGCCUAGGAACUGAUCAACACACACCCUGAAUGUACUGUAGUUGCCUCUACCUUGAAUUCGCCUUUUGUAGUAAAGUAACGACCUGUGACUACACUUUUAAUUGUAAACUGCAUAACUUGCAACCAAUGAUCUAAUAAUCUCUACCAUAGCCUUCCUGCAAGUUCUGCUACCUUCUACCAGAGCUGUGCUUGUAUUUCCUUCAAGAGAGCUAGCAUUAAGCUAGAGAAUGGACCGUCUUGGUGAAUUUUCCCUUCGAUCUGCUCCCUGGGUGCUAUCAUACAUACUCUCCGAAACACAUCUGUCUUCCUGUAAACCCCCUGAACAUUAGAAGCUUCCAAGGUAUUUAGUAAAAAAAAAACCCUUCAAAAUGUGCCCUCGUUAAUUUUUGGCAGGGAACUUUGACAAACUUCAUGAUUUUUCACAGUACCUUUGUGCUUGCUUAAAAGUUGUUUCAUAUAUUUCCCCUCCUUGUCUUGUUUUCUGUUAAUAGCUGAAGUUACACGGCAGUUGAGCAUAAACAGGAAACUUAUUUUGUUCUGCUGAUUUACUUUUUCAGCACUUUCCAUGUUUAAAUUAGUACCGCUGAUAGUCUUCUUUGGUGUUUUGUUUUGGUUGAAGGACUUUUCUGGCAGAAUUCAACAUGGUACACUUAGCCCUUGAAAUUAAAGGUCAGGUUGUCUGCUCUUUUAAUAAUCAACGUCUGUCAAGUGAGCAGACGCAUUAAUUGAAAAACAUGACGAAAGCCAACAUUUUAAAAAUGGGUUUUUUUUUGUUUUUGUUUUUUUUAGUUUCUCUUAGGCUGAUUGGUCUGGCAGCCUAAGAGAAGUGGGGCUUAGGGUAUCUAUGGUCUGAAAAGCUUUGCAGAAAAAUGUUCCAGACAUGUUUAUUGAUUAUGAUAAGGAGGAGAAGGCAUUCCGUUCUCCCCUCUAAACAAACAUGCAAAAACCUGUUUUCCAUUAUAAGCCUGCUGUGUAAGGCUUCCGUAUAAAAAAAAAAGAUUUUGUAAGUGAAAUUAAAUCUUUUUUAAAAAAAUUCACGGAUCAUGCCAGUUGUUUGCUUUUGUGGCCUUUUAUCUCCUGCUUUCGAAAUCUCCUUUCUUCUUUUCAGUCACUGAGAUUGCUUUGUGACUCCAGUGAGCUGAUAAUCAGCAGAUUUCUGCUCCUUUGGCUUGUUGCUGUAGUUAAUUUCAAAGAGAAUCAAUGGCAGAGGGUGUUCAGAAAGCUGUAUGCGUAAGUCAUGCAGUGUCAUACAUAGCUGAAGGCCUGGUGUUUGGUAGCGCCUUAAUUUUGCAGCUCUGGAAUGAUUGUAUCAACAAAGCACCCACAAAAACCAGAUCCUGGAGCUUGUGACCAGUUUUUUUGUUUUUUAAAAAAGAAAACGUAUUUUAUGUAGAUAAAACUUGAAACAAAAUCCUUAUCUGUUUUGAAGCUAGUUGAAGAAAUGUGUGUAUGUCUACGUGUGUGUGAGUGUGGGUGUAUGUGUAUAUAUGUACAAAUAUAAAUUAUUAAUCGCAUUUUUGUACUUGGUUAAAAAGAAGAUGAAAGACAGGUAUGUGUUACAACUAUGUUUGGCACUUCUUGUUAUAUGAAACAAAAGCCAAACCCCUUUUUUAAAAUAAAAAUAAAAAAUUGCUGCAAUGUUCAUUUCAUGUAUAUUUGGAAUAUUCAUGGGGAAAUGUAUUUAUGUGAUAUUUGGAAUAAAUAAAUUCUGUUCAAAAGUG